AUGCCGCCAUACGAUGCGACAGCAGUGGGGAGGGUGAAGGCGGAGUGGGCAGUGGUGGUGGGGAAGACGAACAUGGACGAGUUCGGCAUGGGCAGCACCACUGAAGGGUCUGGUUACCAGCUUACAGCCAACCCCUGGGACCACUCGAGAGUGCCAGGUGGCAGCUCAGGAGGCUCUGCUGCUGCGGUGGCGGCUGGGCAGUGUGCUGUGGCUCUGGGCUCCGACACAGCCUCACCCAUUUAUGGCGGCUCUGUAGGCGCCACAGUAGAGGGCGGGGAAGGCGCAUAUGUGCGCCUCCCUGCAUCAUUCUGCGGGAUAGUCGGCUUAAAGCCCUCGUACGGCCGGGUGUCCCGCCUGGGGCUCAUGGCCUAUGCGUCCAGCCUGGACUGUGUGGGCGUGCUGGGUCGAUCGGUGGAAGACACUGCCAUCGUGCUGCAGGCGAUGGCAGGGAGAGACGAUGGGGACAGCACGUGCAGCAAGGAGCCUGUAGCGGAUUACACGGCCGCCCUCCUCCCCGUCGCCUCGCUCACCUCCAAGCCGCUGACAGGUGUCCGCUUCGCAUUGGUCCAGGAGACCAUGGGCGCUGGCGUCGAUGCUGAUGUGGCACAGGCCGUCCGGGCGGCGGCGGCGCACUACGAGACGCUCGGAGCCACCGUGGAGGAGGUGUCACUGCCAUUCUUCGCCAGUGGCCUGCCUGCAUACUACAUCCUGGCCCCUUCUGAAGCCUCUUCCAACCUUUCCCGAUAUGAUGGCAUAAGGUUUGGCCCGCAGCAGCAGGGUUCGGACCUCACAUCUCUCUACAGCAAUACACGAGGCCAAGGCUUUGGCAAGGAGGUGAAGCGGCGCAUUCUGAUGGGCACGUACGCGCUCUCUGCUGGUUACUACGAUGCCUACUACAAGAAGGCGCAGCAGGUCAGAUGCAUGCUCAGGUUCAGGAGCGUCCUCCGUGCGUCCUCGGGUGCGUCCUCAGGUGUGUCAUCAGGUGUGUCAUCAGGUGUGUCAUCAGGUGUGUCAUCAGGUGUGUCAUCAGGUGUGUCAUCAGGUGUGUCAUCAGGGGUGUCAUCAGGUGCAUCAGAUCUCCCCCCUGUGCGCACGAUGAUUCGACGGGAGUUCCUGGCAGCAAUGGAGGGGCACGAUGCUCUCAUCACCCCCACCGCUCCCACCACAGCCUACCGCAUUGGUGAGAAGACAUCGGACCCCCUCGCCAUGUAUGUUGGUGACCUCAUGACGGUGAAUGUGAACCUGGCCGGUCUACCAGCCAUUUCUCUGCCCUGCGGGUUAGCCCCCGGUGGGCCCCAUGGUCUGCCCAUCGGCCUUCAGAUCAUCGGCGCUCCCUUUGCUGAGGCGGCUAUUCUCAAGUACGCACAUGUGUUUGAGCAGACCACUCCUACAUGGCAAUCAGGACUCGCUAUUGCAUCGCCUGUUACAGCUGCUGCUUCCACGUAG